AUAUUAUCAAGUGAUUAUAAAAGUGUGCGCACGUGUUCUUUUUUUUUUUUUGUUAUACGCAUGAAAUUAUUUACUCUUGUUUCAAAUUCAUUGACGCUAGAUACACAUGUUCAUAACGGUAUUUUCUUGAAAAAGUGACAACAAAAUGUGCAACGCACAAAUCUCAACAACAUCUGUUUGGCUUCGCAAACAGUUUGUGUGAAAUAUAUAUGUAUGUACAUACACACAAACCCCUACUUAGUAUACACACAUUUCCACACAACAAAAACGCGAUCUUCAAAACGAUAAGCAAAGCGCAUAAAUUCUUAGAUAAAGAAUAAACUUCUUGCAUUUUUAACGCGCAUAUAUUGUAAGUACUACCUAUACUAAACAUAAGUGAAACAUACUUAAUGUAAGUGGGAGAGACCGAGUUGAAGCCAACCCAAAAUAUUCACUCUCAAUCAUUCUCAUUAUAUAGUUUUCGUUACCGUCUGUUACAUAGGUUUUUUUCUUAAAGCUAGGAGGGGAACAGGGUUAAAGAAAACGCAAAUUUUACACUCUUGUCUUUUCUCAUUACAUUUAUUCGUUUGCGUGCUGGCCUCUUCGUAUGUUUUUCUGUUCUGAGUUGUAAAAUGCUAUCAGUUAUGUAGUUUCUUGUGUAUUUAUUAAUAUUGUGUCAAAGUGCAUAAAUGGUUUUAACAGAAUUUCUUUGAUAUUGUUAUUUGUCUUAUCGUCGUUGCGCUUUAUGACAAUAUUUGCAUAUUAUCUUUUUCGUUUGACAAUAACUUGAUACCUUUUUGUAUUUAGCUGCUCAAGUGUCGUAUAGAAGUUUGCAAUACAUGCAAGCGGAAGACAUAAAGGAAGCAAUACCUCCUCUUGGUCUUCGAAUUGAAUUUCGAGAAAAACUUUUCACUUGGAAAAAAGUGCAGUUUGGUAUCGAUGACGAAACAAUUUCUGUGCAGUCCAAAGUGGACAAUUGGUUGAAGGAAAAAGAAUUCCAUGGCAAACAUGUUUUGAAUAAGAGUUUGGUCAAUAUUUUGAAAGAAUAUCCAAGCGCAAGACCCUUAUUAGAACACAAGAACAAAAAUAAGAAUUUAACGACCGAUCAUAGGAAUUCCCUUAUAAAGAUAAUAGUCGAAGAAGCCGUUUCCAACCAAAUUCCGAUUAGAAUUCAAGAUUUUCCCAUAUUGUUAAAUGAAAUUGUGUCGGUAUUUCCAUCCGAAAAAGACGUACAGGAUUAUUAUUUUAUUCGGAGAGGUGAAAAGGGAAGUCCUAGCGGAAAACUGUACUCCAAGUAUAAAAACUUCCGAGCUAAGCGAUUAAAAUAUGACAAUAAAGCUUCGAUUGGGGAUGCAAGUAAUGAAAGAAAAAGCUCAUCUGACCAAUUAAGCAGCCAGAUAUAUGAAAAUAUUGAAGUAGACGAAUCGAUUGCUUCAGCUUUAAAGGUUUCUUUGAAUAGGGAUUCGGCUGAUUGGUCCGAUGUUUGUGAAAAGUGGAAAAAAACUUUUCAUCUUCGCCGCCAAGAAUUGUCAGAACUAAACAGUGGGGCUUUUUUGGAAUCUUGGUCUAAAUUUUCUCACCAAAAAGCUGCUGAUUUGAUCCAGAUUGAUUUCGAGCUUUUGUAUCCAGGCAAGAGUCAUAUGUUGUUUUCCAAGUGGCAAAAUUUCAAAGGAAAAAUUCUGGGAUACUACGAAAGAAACGUCACCAAUGAAGCAUGCAAGCAGCAAAUUUCUAAAGCGAAGGAAACACAACAAAUAGAUUCCGAAGACUAUCUGAUAACAAUUUUAUUAAAUUCAAUAUUUCCAUCCUCCGCACGAUUUAAAAACAAACAGGGCAAAAAAACUUUGAAGGUAACAAUUGUUGACUCCCAGGAUAGUUUCGUACUUCGCUUAACAACACUGAACGACUAUCAACGGAAGAUUGAAGAAACGGUAAACAAAUACUAUUCCGUAGGACUUACGCUGCAGCCAUUCCUCAUUUUGGAAGGUAAUGAAAUGGAUGUAAAAGGUUUUUAUAUUUACUUUGAUAAAAACUUAAUCAAAUUGGAAUCAUUUUUACAAAGCCUAGAUGUGUGUUUCAAAAUCUUUCAUGUUCUCUCGUUAAAAUAUCCUAUUGCAUGUGAACAGUCUUGGCUUUUCAUUCAAAAGUAUUUUUUUGAAAUUGAAACAGAAUUUGAUUUUAAGUCAUCAAAUGUUACAUCAGUAGUUAACUUCCUGAAUAACAACUAAAAUAACCACAAUGUAUAUUUGCUUUAAAUGCCGAAAAGAACUUGAAACUCCAACUAUCUUAAUAAGACAUUUUAAAUCUAAUCAUUUGUUAACUCGACAAUCUCUAAAUAUUCUUUGUAUGCAAAAUUCUUGUAAGCAAACUUUUACGAACUUUUCUUAUUUUCGUAUGCAUUUAGAAAAAGUGCAUACGAAUGAAAGCAAUACAAAUAAUUUUUCUGAAACUCCUAAUACAUUUUCUUCUUCCGAAACUGUGGCAUCUACGAAAACACAUUCUGUUAUUACUGAAAAAAUAACUCACGUUCCAUUUACUAUACAGGAAUUAAAAUAUAAAGCGUUAGAUUUAUCCUUAAGCUUAUACGAUAUGAAUUCUAUGCCAAGAAACCAUGUUAUUACAAUUCAAAAUACAAUUUCUUCCUUAGUCUCAUCUAUCGCAGCUGCAGUUUCAAGUUUAGUUAAAGACGAUCAAAUUCAGAGCGAUAUAAAAACAAUUAUAGAUUUUUGUAAAAAUCCUUUCGAAGAUAUAGCCACAGAAUAUAGGAUGAUUAAAACAUUGAAAAACCUAAUGUUAUAUGAGGAUCCAAAAUUAAUUGCAAUUGAUGAAAAAAUCGCUGAAAUAAUAUGCCAUGGAAAUCCCACUUUAGGAGUGAAAACAUAUGACGUUAUUGUCAUGCCUUUACAGUUUAUGAUCAAAUCUAUUUUUGAAAUUCCCGAUUUGUUAAAUCAAACAUUGGAAAAUAUCCAAAACAGUUUAUCUGAUAGCAACUAUACCAGUCUGGCUAAUGGAGAGAUUUUCAAAAAAAAGGUAGAACAAUUGGGGUCUACUUUCGUAAUUCCUUACAUAUUGUAUUUCGACGACUUUCAGAUAAAUAAUGCUCUUGGCAGUCACACGUAUUCCAUAUGUGGUUGCUACAUACAUUUCCCUUUAAUGCCGAAAUAUUUAUUGUCGAAGAUUCAGUUUAUUUUUUCCGCAGCUUUUAUAUCCACAUCAAAUCUUAAGGAGUGUGGCAAUGAACGCUCGUUUUACCAUUUCGCAGAAGAAUUAAAGCAAUUAGAAAUGGGAAUAGAUGUCCUUGUAGGUGGUAAAAUCCGAAAAAUUCGCUUCAUUUUGUGUUUAAUAGUAGGGGACAAUUUGGCCGUUAACAGUAUUUUAGGCUAUGUGGAGUCUUUUAACGCAAAAAGAUUUUGCCGAACUUGUAGACGUCUGAAAUCUGAAAUGCAAUUUGAUAGCACUGAAAUACAAGAAAGUAUAAGAACUGAUGUAACCUAUCAAAACGAUUUAGAUGAAGGCAAUUACAAGGAGACAGGUUUGAAAAGUUCAUGUAUAUUUAACGAUUUAGAAUAUUUCAAUGUCGCUGACAAUUUUGCGUUUGAUAUAAUGCAUGACGUGUACGAAGGUGUGUGUGAAUACGAUGUUUGUAAAAUUUUAGUUGCGCUAAUUAAUGAAAAUAUUAUAUGUUUAAAUACAAUAAAUAGCAGAAAAAAACUUUUUACAUAUGGAGAAACAGAAAUUGGAAACACUUCUGCCCCAUUAAAUUUAAAUAGAUUAACGUCAUGUAAGUUGAAAAUGACUGCUAGUGAAUCAGCAUGUUUUGUGCAUUUUUUACCACUUAUGAUUGGGGACUUAGUGCCUCCUGAUAAUCAAAAUUGGCUUCUCUUACUUUUGUUGUUGGAUAUUAUUGAUUUAUUGUUCAGGUCAAAGUAUACGUCUAGUGACUUAGAUAAACUGAAACUGUUAGUAAAAAAUCAUCACACCUUGUACACAAAACUUUUCGGAGCAUUAAAACCUAAACAUCAUUUCAUUGUCCACUACGCUACAGCAAUACAAAAAUGUGGACCAUUAAGAUACAUAUGGAGCAUGCGCUUUGAAGCAAAACAUAAGGAUGCUAAAAUUUAUUUUAAUAGCAUUACAUCUCGGAUAAAUCCACCAUAUUCCCUCGCAAUUAAAAAUGGAUUAAAAUUUGCUAAGUUUUUACUAGAACGCAGAACAGGCUUGGAGCCUAUUUAUGAAUGUUCGUCUUUCAAUACUGAUACUACAGUUGCUACUAGCGAUUAUGUAGAUAAAAUUAAUAAAAUAGAAGAUCUUUGUCUUGGUCGAUACAAAAUGUGUGCUGAUUUAACAUUUAAAGGGACGCGAUAUAAAUCCUCAUAUUAUUUAGGAAUUGUAUCAACUGAUUUUGAACUAUACAAAAUCAUUCACUUAAUCGUAAGUUACAACGAUAAAAUUUUUAUAAUAUGUAAAAAGAUAAGACUUAUACAAUUUGAUAAGCACUUUCGAGCAUAUGAAAUUGGUUCCGUAACUAAUGACAUAGCCAUAAAAAGUAUCACAGAAUUUAAUACUCCUCCAUUACAUCUAUAUCCACUAAAUAAUGGAAAAACAUAUAUCCGAGUAAAACAUUUGUAAAGUAUUAUUUUGUAGCAUGUAAUAAUAUAUAGAUCUGAAAAUGAAUUUUGUUAUUUUAUUUAUUGUUUGUAAUUCUGUAUAAUUUUCUUUAAAAAUCAAAUAAACCAUGUUUCAUGUAUACAAACUCAUGUUUUAUUUCAUAUCAAGCUCGGAAAUGAGCUCGGAAAACUCAAUUUAAAAUCUUAUAGGAUCAUUUCAAUAACUGCAUUUUCUUAAAUCAAUCUUAUUUUUGAAUUAAAUCAAGCACGGAUUCGGCUACCAAUCAGAAAAAAAAUCUUGAACCAUGAAUAUUGUGAGAUCAUUUUGAUCUAUAUAAUUCUUAAAUCAAGCCCACGUUGCUGUUGAAUCAAGUUUUACUAAAAAUUAAAUCAAUCCUAGCGAUCUUUUUUGAAGUAUAUUUCGUACUUAGAUCUAAACUUUUAAUAACUUAAAUUAAUUCAGAUUUUCUUAAAUCGAGAUUUUUUUGAGCUUAUAUCAAGCACAAUCCGGCUGAAAUGGGGCUAAAAUUAAGAAGUCCACACUAGAAAAAACCGUACUUAAAUCAAGUUUUUUCAACUUGGUGCAAGAAAAACCGCACUUACCGUACUUUUGACACCGCUCCGGCUUCAUUU